AUGGGUGUGGAGGUUUCAAAAGAAGGUGAUGUGUACAGCUAUGGAAUCCUCUUACUAGAGAUGUUUACUGAAAGAAAGCCCGCCAACAGCAUGUUUAUUGAAAAUUUUAGCCUUCAUAACUAUGCAAAGAUGGUGCUUCUUGAUAGAGUGAUGGAGAUUGCUGAUUCUCUAUUCUCGUUGGAAGAGGAAGAUGUGUCUCAAAGGGCCAGCCAACAUAACAUUGGAAAAAUAAAAGAGUGCUUGGUGUCGGUCCUUAGGAUCGGAGUCAUUUGUUCUUCUGAAUUGUCGAGGGAACGGAUGGAUAUUAGGGAUAUAAGCUUUGUUUUAUUGGCCUCAAACAUCACAUUCUAUACCACUUUCGGCUUCACGGAUGUGACAUACAAACAAGCAUUGUUAGCCAUCGAGAAUCAAAUUCUUGAGGAUCCUACCAAGGUCCUUGGCUCAUGGAAUGAUUCUGCACACUUUUGUAAGUGGCAAGGAGUUACAUGUAGCCGUCAACACCAGAGAGUGACUGCCCUAAACCUGUCAUCCCUACAGUUAGUGGGUUCUCUAUCUCCUCAUAUAGGAAAUCUUACCUUCCUUAGGGUGAUCCAUCUCGAGAACAACAGCUUCCGUGGCACUAUUCCCCAAGAAGUUGGUCAAUUGUUUCGGCUACAGCAUCUUUCGCUUGACACAAACUCAUUCCAAGGAGAAAUUCCGACUGAAAUGGGGUCAUUGUCUAACCUUCUACAAUUGCUUCUUUAUAGCAAUCAUUUUGCUGGCAAGAUCCCAAUUUCAUUUGGGAAUAUGUCCUCUCUUCAAGAACUUUAUCUGAUGUCUAACAAUCUAGAGGGAAGCAUUCCUGUGGAACUUGGACAGCUUUCCAAUUUAAAGACUCUGCAACUGUCUGGAAACAAUUUGUCUGGCAUAGUUCCUACUUCACUUUACAAUAUCUCAUCCAUCAAUUACUUUGCUGCAACUGAAAAUCUAUUACAUGGAAGCCUCCCUCCAGAUUUCGGAUUGACUCUUCCUAAUUUACAAACAUUUUAUUUUGGAAACAACCAAAUCUCUGGGGCCAUUCCACCAUCACUAGCUAAUGCUUCGCAACUUGUAAAAUUUGACAUUUCUUAUAACGCUUUCACUGGGCCUAUACCAACGAAUUUGGGAAGCUUAGAUGACCUUCAAAUACUAAGCUUGGUGAGAAUCCACUCGGAACUAAUAAAGCUGAUGACUUGA